UCUUCGUAUACCCCUGAUGUGGAAAGACACUGACUAUUUCAAAAACAAAGGAGAUUUCCAUCGAUAUGCUGUAUUUGCGUUAAUAAAGAUAGACUGUGAAAUCUAUGACACGGAGAUGGUGAUGGUCAACCGCACCAUGACAGAUAUUUCUUUUGAAAGUUCCUUUGUGUUCUCCAACGUUGGGCCUGAUUUUGAAAUGAAGUUGGAGAUAUACAGUUGUUGUGUAGAAGAGGAUUUCUCGAUGGCCAGUGGACCAAAAAAACUUGCCAACAAACUCAGCACUUCCCUUGGACGCUCAACAGGGAAGAAGAUUCGAGCCAGCCUUGAUAGCACUGGAGAAAGUGUAAUGGCGGAUGGUGGGAGCAGCCCUGUCUUAUUACCAGCUGUAGCUGUGGAGGGUCCUAAAUAUCAUCUAUUGGCUCAAACCAGCCUCUCUCUUGCAGCAAUCCACAAUAAUGUCUGCACGCAGAGCCUCAAUAGGCUAGGAAACGUCCGGCCGCAGCUUCAAACAGAAACUGGCCAAAGGGGAGUUAAACCCGGAGGGUCCGAGGGCGGGGUCCGAGUGGCAGGGUCCGGGGUCAGGGUCCGAGGGCAGGGUCCAGGGUCCGAGUGA